AUGUCUGCUACCCGGAAUAACUCUCCUUCAGAAGAUCCUCAUAGCUUGCGCCACAGGUCCAGCAACGCUAACGUCGUCGUGGAGGCCCGGGACUACACCAGUCAAAUUGACAUGUCUCCACUACAGCCUUUUCACAAAAAAGCCAUCUCAUCCUCCUUGGACGGAAUUCGAAUACUGCCUCGCGUGCCUACGGUAUCACCUUCAAACCUCGAAGAUGUCGAGCUAAGUUUGUUGUCCGAAGAGGAGCGGAUAAGUGCUGGGCGAAACCUCCAAGAUGGUGACGCGCGUUCUUCUGCAGGUGGUGCGAAAACAAUUGCUAUGUCUUCUAGAGACAAAAAGGCAAUGACCCUCUUGAUCAUUCUUUAUUUAAUCCAAGGAGUUCCUCUUGGCCUUGCCCUUGGUUCUGUCCCGUUCAUUCUCCGAGAACAUCUAUCAUAUUCACAACUUGGCGUGUUCGCAUUAUCUAGCUACCCAUAUUCGCUCAAGCUAUUAUGGUCUCCUAUCGUUGAUUCAACAUUUCAUCCUUCAAUUGGUCGUCGAAAAUCAUGGAUAAUUCCUAUGCAACUCAUAAUCGGCUCCUUGAUGCUCUACAUAGCAUCAAACGUCGGGAGAUUGAUGGAAAAUCCUGCGGAUAAUAUCCAUGAACUCACUUUUGUAUUCACGUCGCUGGUACUCUUUUCUGCAACGCAAGAUAUCGCUGUGGAUGGAUGGGCUUUGACGCUUCUCUCUCAGGACAAUCUUUCCUACGCGUCUACAUGCCAGACAAUCGGGUUGAAUACAGGCUUCUUCGCCUCUUUCACCGUCUUCCUAGCGCUAAACAGCGAGGCAUUCGCUGAGAAAUGGGGCAUUCCACGCCUCGAGUUAAGCACAUAUCUCCGUUUUUGCAGCCUCUUGUGUUUUGGAGUAACUUUUUGGCUAACCUUCUUCGAAACAGAGGGCAGUGAAUCAUUGGACGGAUCAGAAAUGACUGUUACAUCCGUUUACAAAACCAUAUGGAAUAUUUGCAAACUCAAGCACGUCCAGGCGCUCAUUGUUAUGCACUUCUUCGCAAAAAUCGGGUUUCAAGCUAAUGAGGCAGUCACUAGUUUGAAAAUGAUUGAGAAGGGUUUGGGUCGCGAAGACCUCGCUAUUGUUGUCCUCAUAGAUUUUCCUUUUCAAAUCUUGGGAGGCUAUUUUGCGGCGAAAUGGUCUAGUGGCGACAGGCCACUUCGUCCAUGGUUAUGGGCAUUUUGGCCCCGAUUGGCAUUUGCCUUUUUGUCGACGCUCAUCGUCUACUGGUUCCCAACACCCCCUCUUUCAUAUGGAUUUUUCGUCUUCCUUAUCAUCCACACAGUGUUACAAGGACUUGCAUCGACGAUUCAGUUCGUUGGUAUCUCAGCAUUCCAUACCAGAAUAUCUGAUCCUCUCAUUGGAGGGACUUACAUGACGCUCCUUAAUACGUUUACUAAUCUAGGAGGAACGUGGCCGAAGUACUUUGUAUUGAAAGGCGUCGAUUACUUUAGUGAGGCGUACUGCGAAGUGAAGGAGGCGCACAGUGAGCUGCUUGUUAAAGCUGCCGAAUGCGUCUCUGACCGCGGUAAGGAGGUCUGCUCAGAGAUCGAUGGACAAUGCAUCACAGAGCGCGAUGGUUAUUACUACGUUUCAGCGAUAUGCAUGUCGUUUGGCGUGCUGUUCCUAUUUUUUUAUAUCAUUCCCACUGCACGCAAACUCCAAGCCCUUCCCGUGUACAGAUGGCGGAUCAAUCCAGAGUGAGCACGGGUGCAAGAUUAGGCUGGGGUUUGGGCUAUCGUUCGUUACUUAUUUUAAUAUUACUGGGUGGUAGAUAGCUCUUGUUCGUUUCACACGUUGAUCAAAGUACCAUUGAUGUAACCAGUACACUCAUUGUUUGAGGUGGCUCUCGCCUGCCCUAAAUUCAGAUCGCGUCCUAUGAUAUC